CUCUCUCUCUCUCUCUCUCUCUCUCUCUCCAUUUUAUUUACUUUCAUUUCGAUCAAAUUUUCAUAUAAAUUGGUUUUUACUUUUCAAGGUUUCUUCCAUGUUUGCUUCCGUACAUUUCCAAGAUUUUGAUAUCCACUCUUUUAUGCUUUUUUUGAUUCGAUUUUCUUGGCAAAUCAGAUUCAUAUCUUCAUUUGGAAAAAUGGGUUUUCUCUUUUUUCUUCAUUUGAGGACUAAUUGAUGAAUUUUUUCUCUUUUUGUUGAAAAUUUUGCUGGGUAUUGGUGGUUUUUUAUUUAGGUUGCUUUCAAUCCAUAAACAGGAAUUGGGUCUUCUGCAAUUGAAGGAAAAAUGAAGGGAAAUGAUUCAAAGAUGCCGAGAAUGGAUGACAUUCUGAAUCUUCCCGUGCAAGAUCCACCCUGUGCUGAAUUUUCUGCGGCACAUAUAAAUUGGGCAAAAGUAGAUGGUGGUCGCCAAGGUGGUGAUGAUAUUGCUCUAAUUCCCUUCUGUAGAGUUGAUGAUUUUGUAAAAGGAGAAUCGACUAACGCAGAAUGCCCUGCAAGUUUUCGUAUUGAGUCAAGAAGGAAACGAUCUGAAGGAAGUGUUAGCAAGCCGAGGGUUGAUGGCUAUCUUGAGUAUACGCUAUAUUGGUGUUCUUAUGGUCCUGAAGACUACCGAGACAGCGAGUCUGGUGCGAGUGACGGCCCAAACAAUAAACCAACAUCAGGCAAGGGUAGCAGGCCUGGAAGACGUCACAUGAUGAGAGGCUGCCUUUGUCAUUUCACCGUGAAGCGCUUAUAUACUCGCCCCCUCCUUGCACUCAUCAUUUACAAUCAGCGAAACCACGUUGAUAAAACUGGCGCACCAUGUCAUGGAAUACUAGACAGAGAUGCUGUAGGAACUCGAGCUAUGUAUGCUCCUCGGAUUUCAGAGGAACUACGGCAACGAAUAAUGUCUAUGCUUUAUGUUGGGAUUUCAUUAGAUAACAUUAUCCAACACCACCUUGAAGAAGUGGAGAGGCAUGGUGGACCUAGCAACCGUGAUGAUUUUCUCACUCGGAAUGAUGUCCGCAACAUGGAAAGGGUCAUUCGUAAUUCGACAUACGAAUUACAUGCAAAUGAUGUGUCUAGUAUAAGGAUGUGGGUGCAACGCCACCAGAAGCAUGUCGUGUUCUUCCAAGAAGAUUCGGCUAUGGAAUCGUUCAUUUUGUGUGUACAGACUGAAUGGCAGUUGCAGCAGAUGCUCCGAUACGGGCAUAACAGUUCUGUUGCUUCUCAUUCUACUUUUGGGUUGAACAAGCUGAGGUACCCUUUGUGUAGUUUAUUAGUUUUCGACUCAUGCCAUAAUGCGAUUCCUGUUGCAUGGGUCAUUACAUCUAGCUUUGAUGGCCACAACAUCCAGAGAUGGAUGGGAUCCCUUGCUGACAGAAUCCGGGCAAAGGACCCCAGAUGGAGACUACAUGCCUUCUUAAUAGAUGAACCAUCUCUUGAUAUUUCUACAAUCAGAGAUAUUUUCCAGUGCCGGGUUCUGCUAUCCCUUUGGCAUGUGCGCCGAGCUUGGAUGAGAAGCCUGUUAAAGAAAUGCUGCAAUUUUGAAGUGCAAAGAGAAAUGUUUAAGCAAUUAGGCCAGGUUUUGUACUGCACAAGGAAUUGGCCGAAUGCUAUGGAUGCAAUAGAAGAGUUUAUGCAGAUUUAUAUCGAUCAAUGUUCAUUCAUGGAUUAUUUUAGGGAUCGAUGGCUGCCAAAAAUAGAGAUGUGGGUUAGUGCCAUGAGGACGCUUCCGAUGGCAUAUCAAGAGUUUCAUGCUGCAAUCGAAUCCUAUCAUCUAAGAUUGAAAUCCAAAUUGUAUUGUAACUCACAUGCAAGCUCUUGGUCGAGAGUUGACUGGCUUGUCCAUGCAUUGACUACUGAAUUUCACUCCUUAUAUUGGUUUGACCAAUAUGCUGAAGAAACCAGUUCCUUUAGAAAUUUUAGAGACGAGUCCUUUUUGACUAAUUCUUGGUACCGAGCACUGCACAUUCUGGACGUCGAUGUGAUAUUAGAUGAGGAAGACCUUCGGUUUGCGAAGGUUAUUUCUCAAUCAAACAGGAACCUGGCAUACACCAUUUGGAAUCCUGGUUCCGAAUUUUCACUUUGUGAUUGUACGUGGUCAAGGUUGGGCAAUCUUUGCAAGCAUGUGAUCAAGGUUAGCAUCAUUUGUAGAAACCGCCAUGUUGCAAGGCCAUUGUUAGCUGCACAAACUUACCGCCAGACAUUGCUUAGUCUUCUCCAAAACCCUCCAGAUGAUCCCAUUGUUCUUGAUCAUGCUAUUUUGCAUGCAACCCGCAUGCAGCAGGACCUAAAGGGCUUAGAAGAGUUAUCUAACAAUGGUCUGCUCCAGCCUCUUAAUCCGUUUGAAACGAUUGCACAUGUUGUGGAUAAUCUUGUGCCCGAAGCAUGCAUUUCCGUUGAUGGGGCUGCAAAGACAAAGAGGCCAAGGACCUUGAGUCCUGGAAUGAAUGUUGCUGGGCCGCAGCUUGACUUUACAAGACAGGUCUCUACCUCUGUAACUUCUCAAGCAUUGACAAGCAGUCAGAUAAGGGAAUUUCUUCAGUUACUUAAAGUGCCUCAGGGAUCGAAUCAGAGGAACGUUAUCAAUGAGCAGACUGUCAUUAGUAAUUGUGGCAUGGGGCAUGACAUUGGUUGAUAAGCCUAAGGUGAGUGGCUUGCAGUGGUAAUUGCAUCUUUUACUUGGAUGCCGUUGAGGUUGAAAUGUCCGAGAGACAACAAAUGCAAAGGCUACUCAUGAGAGUAGGUUCUCAGACCCCUCUCUCUGCACACGUACCAUUUUUUGAGAUCUGAGCAGUUCAUCUGGUGGGCCCUGCCACGCAUGUGGUAUGCCCCAAAGAUUAGGCCUGUCCAGUCAUCGGGUAACGGUAACUAUAUUAAAAAGGAGGAGAAAUACAGGAGAGAGAAGGGGAAAGCUAAUCCGCUGAGAAGGCGGAUCAACUACAACCCAAAAAAGACAAAUUACAACUAUUGAGCUUUACAACGGAAGAGCUCCAUUCCGCUAUGAAAUAUAUCACCCUUCCAUUACAAGCAGACAACCUGAGUUUCGCUGCCAAGGAUUUCAACAUUUCUGGUUUUGGGGGUACAUUAACUAGAAGCUAUGGUUGCAAUUGUUUUUGAUCUUUAUGUUCCAUGGGGCACUUUCGAGGAGGGAUCAUGUGAACAGUGAACCUCAAGCUGAAGAUGCGAGCAGUACCCUCAAGCCUUGUGUAUGUACAAGUGGUGUCACCUAUCUAUUGUAACUUACUGAUUACUAGGAACUUUCAUGUCUGACUGCAAUGUUUCAGUUAUAACCAGAGACAAGCAUGUUAAAGUCAGGAGGCCUUUGUUGUUGUGAAAGCAUCCAAUGAAGACACCACAUUAUUCAGAACAUGUGUUUGGGCAAUUUGCAAUUUGAGUAGUGGCUUGGUCCUCAAGAAACAAUACCAACUGGUUGACGGCAUGGGAUUCAAAGAUUUGAACUUUUGUUGCAAUCCCAAGCCCAAAAGAGGAAGCAUAUGAAUAUACUUCGGUUUUCAUGUUGUACAAGUGGGGACACCAUGGUUUGAUGAUCUAUAGAUCAUUGGUCUGUUGGUUUUGAGUGGACGGAAAAUAACCCAAAUAUCUCCUCAAUAGAACGAUCCCAACCUUUUCAAUAUGUGGCCUGCAUAUGGACAAUAAAAAUCCAAAAUGCGGCAAUGGUCCUCAUCGCCCAAGAUUGGUGGCUAGGAUUUUCCAAUCUGCAAGAUUUUGGGGGCUAAAGUUGUGGUGUUUGGAGGUUUGGGACUGGUUCUACGUUUGGGAUGUAUUCAAGGUUAAGGCAUGCAUGAGGGCUGAGAUAUAUGCAUUUACUGCAGCGUGGUUCUACUGUUGCCGUCCUCAGGAGGCAACUUGGCUUCAUGGAGCUACUGAUGCACUGCUUUCAGAAUUGAACGGCACCUGGACAGCAAGAAACUAUUUCCAUCUGAAAGUUCAUUGGGCAGCUUUACAACAGGUUCAAGAUCACUCAGUUGGUAGUCGGGACAAGAACUGGGCUGUUUAUAUGAUUAAAUUUUCAAUAGUAAUGUGAUUAUGAAGGGAUUAACAUCACUAAUGGGACUGACCUCUCGAUUAUGCAAACGAAAGAGUCAGAAUCACAAAUUUUAUUCUUAGAUAUUUCUUAAAAAAUUCAGUUUUUUUUUUUUUUUUUGGUUUUGGGAGAAAGACUGUUGAUUGUUGCCAUUCAAGUGUAAAAAUUUAUACUGGAGUUUAAGCAGUAAAAAUCCAAUAUAUUGGAUGUUGUAUUUAUGAUAAUCA